AUGUCAAUGUCAACUUUUGAUUCCCGUGAAUGGUGUAAAUUCUUUCCAGCAGAUAUUACUACGGAAUCAGAUUCAGCUUUAUUUAUUCAUCGUCUUUUUACUGUCACUUUAUCGGCAUUAACGGCUAAACGACAUAUUUUUUCAAAUGAUCAUUUUUCAUCAAAAAAACUUGGUCCACUAUUUGUUCCACUAUUUACUCGACCAACAUCAGUAGUUGAACAAAAACGAUUUAAUUCAACAGUUUUUUCAUGGAUUCAAGGUGUAUCUCAAGCUAUUUCUAACGGUUAUUUAAAAUUAGCUACAUUUUUUAUUAUCUCAAAAUUAGAUGAUUCAGUGCUUGAAAUAUAUGAAUAUUAUUUUGCUUAUAAUAGUAGUGGAAUUGAUGAUCAUAACGAAAGUUUUUUAAGUACAACAUCAAUUGAUGAUAUUCAACAACAAGUAUUAAAAGCAUUAGAACAAAUUAAUCAAUUUGUUGAUGAACGUCUCAAACCAAUUGUUAAUCGAUCAAAUUAUCGUUUUUGUCUUAAAAUUCAAUAUAAUACAUCAAUAACACCUAAUGAUUAUCAACCAACAGGUUUUGUUGAUUCACAUGAAAUUAUUUCACCAAUUAAUUGGAAAAAAAUAUUAACAACAAAAAUAACAAGUUCAAGAAGAAUUUUAGCUCAAAUUAAAACAUCACAUCAUAAAAUGUUAUUAGUCUUUCGAACACCAACUAUGAAUUCAACCAUGAAAAAAUAA